AUGAAGCGUCGAUCUGGUCUUCCACCUGCUCCUAUUGAGUUCUAUCCACGACGUUUUUAUUUGCUACUUAUUCGAGACCAACCAACUUGCUCAAUUUAUCGUUCAAAGACAAGCGAAGACGAUUUCUCAAACAUCGAACGAUCGUUUAAACGACGUUAUUUUCCAACAAUACCAGGCAUUCAGUUUAUAUCACUGAAUCAACAACUUCCAAGUCAGGAAAUGGAUCUUGGAAUAGACCACAUGAUUGCUUUCAAUUCUUUUUUAACGACACAUUUAAAUCAAAUGACAGAUGAUGUUAAUCACGAACAAAAGACUGAAAAGAAAGCAUCAAAUGUGCAAUAUUUCUAUCUCUUAAGACGAUAUCUUUGGCAAGAGAUUCAAGCAAUACAUUUCAUUUGCCGAUGGCGACUCAUGUAUCUUCACGUUUCUCCACACGAAGCUUUGGCUCCAUUUGAACAUCUUUCAUCUCGAUUUUCAACACUUUCGUCGAAUGUAUAUGGAGUACCUGAUUUAUUGGAAUCGUUACAAGGAAUUGCAAAAGGUUUUGAAAUGAACCUUUUCGAUCAAUCGUUUUCAUUCAAACAGACUAGUAAUCCAUUUGACUUUCGAUUUAUAUCGAAUCGAUUUCUUGUCUUUCGUGGAUUAGAAAACGAGGAAAGGAUGUUUCAAACAGAAGAAUUGCAAUCGAGUGUUCAAUGUGAGCCAUUAUUUUCGAGUCUAAAGCAAUAUCAUGUAAGUCUUCUCCUUACUUUCAACAAACGUGCUAGUGAUUCAAGUAAAAGUGUUCAAUUUGGAGUUGAAACAAUCAACAUUUCAAUAUCAUCAGUAAUUGAAAGUGUAAUGAAAUUUCUUGAAAUUUUUGAGAAUUCACAAGGUUUGAUUGCUAUCGAUAGUUCUAAAGACUUUGGAAAUAUCGUUACUGCUACAUGCCUUGGAUGUUUUUUGAUGAAACAUUCGACAUUUACAGCUAAAGAAGCACACUCUUGGCUUCAUUUCUGUCUUUCGCGUCAACUUUCGAACGAAUAUCUUCAUUUUCUUUAUCAAUUGGAAUCUCAAAUGUUAAUAGAAGGUGAACGUUUUCAACAAAAUAUUCGUGUUUCUCGAAAUGAUUUCAAUUCUUCAAUCUCAACAGAUUCCAAACAUAUGAAAAUUGGAAAAAUUCGACUUGGUCGUUUAGCAUUGUUAGGAACUCGUGCUCGAGAUACAAAAAGGAUGGAAUCAAUUCUUACAAAUUGUGUCUCAAGUCGAAGUUUUGAAAGUCCAAACUCGCCAACUCGAGCCACAACAAUUGCUCAAUUUCAACGUCGUCCAGUCACUCAAGGAAAUCCUGGCAAUCGAAGAACUUCUCGCUUUCUUGAAGGAAUGAAUUCACGUGUUGACUUUGCUUUAAUGCAUAAAUUUCUUCAUCAACCACCAAGUAUUACUUGUUCAACUUCAAAUGUCCCACUUGGAGUUCAUCGAAAAGUUACACAAUUGGAAACAUCAAAUUGUUUAUAA